GUCACGAGUGGGGUAAAAAAACAAACCGACACCUCGUCUAUUUUACUUUACAAAUUAGUUGAUCUUAAAGGUAAGCGGAUUUAUUACACACGUGACUAAUUACUGGCUAAUUAAUUAAUUGAUCGAUUACUAAAAUUUAUUUUGAAUAAAUAUAUAAAAGUAUUUGCAAGAAUUGUAGCACUGAGUUACCACUCCUACAAUUCACCGCAUAGUUUAUUAUUAUUUCAAAAAUUAUCUAAUCGGCAAAACUAAAACAUUACGUAAUCGUCAUCAAGUAUAAUAUUUAUUAGCAGUAAUUUUACAAGUUUUAAUAAAACGUUAAAAUAAAAAGCUUAAAAUGCGGGUCUCUAAAUGACAAUUGGAUUAUUUACAUAACAAAUAUUUGUUCGGGUAUAUGUACAAUUAUAUUGUAUAUGUGGAGGUUUGUUAGUUGAUAUGAUGAAAAGAGCAACACAAACUAAACAAUAUGCAGAAUUAGAUCAUGCGAUAAGAACUAAAGUUGAACCUUUUCUUUACAAUAAAGGCAAAGGUGCUUGGAUACCUAUUGCUAAACUCGUUUUAUUAAGAAAUAAAGAACGCCCGCGACAUAAAUUGUUGCCUGUAUUGAAAGCUAUGGAAAAUCCGUCAGAUUAUGACGUAACUAAAGAAAUUGACGAUAGUAUCGUCGAUGGCAGUAAAAUUGAUAAAAGUAAAUAUAGAGAAGUAUGUUGGAAUUUAAGUGAACGUGGUGCUGUUGGUGAAACAAUAUUACAUUUGUGUAUGUUGAAUGCAACGGCGCUUCAUGCUGAUCUUGCUAAACGAUUAUUACGUUUUUAUCCAAAGCUUAUUAACGAUAUUUACAUCAGCGAUGAGUAUUAUGGUGAGAAUGUUUUACACAUCGCGAUAGUAAAUGAAGAUCCGGCGAUGGUAAAAUAUUUGUUGGACAGUGGGGCGGAUGUACACGAACGUUGUUUCGGUAAUUUCAUGUGCCCUGAAGAUCAAAAAGCAUCGCGAACUGAUAGCCUGGAUCAUGAAUGGGUUUCUGUUGCUGUGGAAACAAAUUACGAUGGAUACGUCUACUGGGGUGAAUAUCCGCUGAGUUUUGCUGCAUGCUUAGGUCAAGAAGAGUGCUAUCGUUUGAUGCUUGCCAGAGGUGCUGAUCCUGACAAACAAGACACUAAUGGCAAUACUGUGCUUCAUAUGCUUGUUAUUUACCAAAAACUUGCAACCUUUGAUAUGGCAUACGAAGUAGGCGCUUCUCUGCCAAUACGGAAUAAUCAGCAAUUAACACCACUAACAUUAUCAGCAAAAUUAGCAAGAAUCGAAAUGUUUUUUCAUAUAAUGAAUAUAGAACGUGAAAUAUAUUGGCAAAUAGGCAGUAUAACAUGUGCAGCAUACCCACUCGGACAAGUUGACACGAUAGACGUAAAUACCGGAACGAUAAAUAAUAACUCAGCGCUAAAUCUCGUGGUGUUUGGCGACAAAGACGAGCAUUUAGAACUAAUGGACGGCGUAUUAGUCGACUUAUUAAAUGCUAAAUGGAACACAUUCAUAAAGUCACGAUUUUACCGUCAAUUUUUUUUGUUCUGUUUUUACUUUGUCUUGUCAUUAAUAAGUUUCACACUGCGUCCAGGUCCUUCAUCUUCAUCAUCAACUCAAAAUUCCACCAAGUCAACAAUUUCUUACAUUGACACAUCAGUUACGACCGACGCAAUUACUCAAGACUCUUCUCAAUUGUCGCAAUUAAUAGACGUUUUGGCAACUUCUUUGACGUCUAACUUUGCAAACGUCAAUUUAACAUCUACAGAAUUAGAAAAUUUUCUAACCCAGAUGUCUUCAAAUGCCAGCGCGCUUUUGAGCGGGACUUUUAAUACUUCAAAAGAACAUCCAACAGAUUUUUUUUCACUUCACAACAAUACGGAUGACAAUAAAAUAAGCAAAUUGAAAGAAUUUGAUGACAAAAGUGCUGUGACGGAAUCGUUGCUCGAUUUGUUGCCAACUUUACCUGGCUGGGGUUUUACUGAAAAUUGGUGGGAAGAUUUAACUGAAGAAUGCCGACUAAUGCACUUAGAAAGUUCAACCGCAAAAAUUCGUUUAACUGCUGAAGUUUUAAUGGAAUUCGGCGCUAUUUUAUAUAUCGCGGCAGCUUUACGCGAGGCGCGAUUUCUAGGUCUCAAUAUGUUUAUUGAAAAUCUCAUGACCGCACCAUCGCGCGUAAUGUUUCUCUUUUCCUGCUGCAUCCUCCUGUCAUUUCCAUUUCUCCGUCUCGCAUGCGAAGACAAAGUCGAAGACAUUCUCGCCGUGGCAGUGAUGCUGACAACAGCUCCAUACUUCCUCUUCUUCUGCCGAGGAUUCAAAACAGUCGGGCCAUUCGUCGUAAUGAUUUACCGCAUGAUAAUGGGUGACCUGUUACGUUUCGUCUCAAUCUAUUUAGUCUUCGUAAUGGGAUUUUCUCAAGCUUAUUAUAUAAUAUAUUUAUCAUUCGAUGAUCCACAAACACCCGAGGGUGUAGAUGACACCGUAAGUAAUCCGAUGCCCUCACCAAUGGAGAGUAUAAUGGCAAUGUUUUUAAUAAGUUUAUCAAAUUUCGGUGAUUAUUACGGUACAUUUGAGCGCACUGCUUAUGAACUCGAAGCGAAGUGUCUCUUCGUAGUCUACAUGGCGAUCGUGGCAAUAUUAUUAGUAAAUAUGUUGAUCGCUAUGAUGGGAAAUACGUAUCAAAAAAUAGCCGAGACCCGCAACGAGUGGCAGCGACAGUGGGCGAGAAUUGUUCUCGUGGUUGAACGAGGGGUCAGUCCUGCUGAGAGAUUGAAAAAACUUAUGGAUUAUUCUCAGCCAAUGUCUGACGGGCGACGAGCUUUGGUUCUUCGAUUACAUCAAUCCGAAGAUGAUAAAGAGGAAAUGAAGGAAAUAUUAGAAAUGAAACGUACACACGAUCGGUUAUACAAGAAGCGUAUGGCCCGGAUUGAAAAAGAUAAAUCACUUUCGUGAAUUUAUUUAUAAAAUUCUAUUAUACUUAAAUAAAAUAAUAACAAAAUUUGUACGUUGGAUCAGACCUUCGUAAACAAGCUUUAGUUUUUCGGCGAAGACUAAAAUUUUGUUAUUUUAAGUCCAAUAGCUCUUGCCUUUCUCAGAUAUACGAGAUAUUAAUAACCAAAAGUGUAAAGUAUAAAGAUAUUGAAAGAAACUAACAAAUCAUCGUUUAGUUUUUAAAAGUAACCAACUGGAAAUUAUAUUCGUUAUUUAUUUUUAAA